AUGUCCCAGGUAAUGGCUGCCUUUUGUCCAUGAUCAAUGCAAAGCUGUUGUUCGCCUUGCACACUGCAUCAAAUGGCUGUGUUGCUUCAGAGAGCAAACGCAUUACACUUAAGUGCUGGGAGUCUAUUCUGCAAUGCUUAAGGUGGCUUAUUUUGCUGAUGUUUUAGGAACAAACAAACGGUAACCCAUCUGUUGUCUGUAUUAGUCUAUAAGGAAGAUGUACAGUAAGGUUUAAUGCAGUAUACUCUAUGAUGUCAAAUUGUCAGUCACUCUAUAAUAACCCAAUGCUCAGACAGUUUCUUCAGUUGUUGAACUGUUGUCGUAUGUUCUGACAUGGGGUGUGUUCUUUGACAUUAAGUCAAUGAUGAUUGAUUAGCCUGGUCCCAGGUCUGUUGGUGCUGUCUUGCCAACUCAUAGGCUGCGUUUAUACAGGCAGCGUAAUUCUGAUCUCAUUGGUCAAAAGACCAAUUAUUGUGGGACCAGGUUGGUGAUUGUGAUUGAUGUCUCUAUCACAGGGGUAUUCAAAUCUUACCCUACAAGGUCUAGAGUACUGCUGAUUUUCUGUUCUACCUGAUAAUUAAUUGUACCCACCUGGUAUCCCAGGUCUAAAUCAGUCCCUGAUUAUAGGGGAAUAAUUUUUAAAAAAGCAGUGGAGCUGACUUUGAGGUCCAGAUUUGAAUGGCUGGCUGGACCUAUUGCUCUAAUAGUCCCUACAUUUCUCCUCAGAAAAGUCUCCUGUCCUAUUUCAAGUAAUAAUAAAACUCCAACACAUGAUUGUACAGUAUUUCACAAGUGCUACACUGAAAUUAGCAGAUAGAUUAUAAUAAUAUGCAGAUGUAUAUAAUAUGUUGUUAUGCUGUAAAAGAAGAAAGAUGUAUGUGUGUAUGUGUGUAUGUAUGUAUGUAGCUACAUAUUUAUAUUUGUGCUGUUUCUGGACCAAUGCAUGGUUGCAUCGGUUUGAGAUAAGUCUUAUUUCUCUGAUUGUGUCUGAUUUUGAUUUACCAUUGUAAUUACACUGUAUCUAAGUACAGAUGCUUGUUCAACAUAUCUUUGUUAAGCCAUUUUUCAAUAAAUAAAUAAAAAUUGAGGAAAAAGUACGUUGUAAUAACUUUAUUAAUUUAGUUAUUAUUAACUUUAUUAUUAUGAUGUUCAAAUGAUAGCCUACACAAGACUUAUAAGCAGGAGGAGGUGUAUUAUACGGGAUUUUAUCCAAUGAAGAAAACGAAUGACUGACACACUCAAACUGAAAAGGAUAUCCUAUUCUGUACUCUCAUAGCAUUGAACUAUUGCUCCAUACAAACUCCGCCCAAUUUGUCACACGAAAUGGAAUCAUAGACCGUAUGAAUGUAUUGAUAAUUCGCUUGCCGGUGUAAAGCCAGUGUUUGCUUUUGUUUAUAUUUAUCUUAACGUGAGGCACUUUUAUUGUUCGCUCUGUUUGGGAGACAACUGCUCGACAAUUCUUGUCUUACCUUUGGAAUUCCGGGCGAUUUUGAGGAGGCGCGCUCUGCCAGAAAUUACGCACGGGACAACAUGAUUUUGAAACAUUUGGAAUGUCUCUUGGUUCUACAAUACUUUAUUAACUUGGUCGCACCAGAGGUUGCAACUGAGAAAGGUAAUGCUAUUGUAUUUACUUUACAUUACCUUUAAUAGUCAUAUGACACCAGUUGUUUAGUAAUUUUCAGUAGGCAAGCCUUUUUAGGAAAAUUAGGAUUUCCUGUCCACUUCCCGAAAACGACGUCAGAGAAUGAGAAGUUUAGAUAAUGAGAAAAGUAUCUGUUUAAAAUGAAAAUACAUGUUGGAUUCCCGUGCAACUUCUGCAUCCAUUAAAACAUGUAUUAAUUUGACAUGGACUUACUAUGAUUAUUAUUAUUUUCGAUGUAACCUUGUAGCCUUGUUGUGUGGCCUUGUUACUUUGCCCCCGUGAGUCUUAUUGUUCCGAAAUUGUAACUAGGGCUUACACCAAACAGAUUUGUGGAUCAGGCAUAGCAAGGAUGAUAUAUAUAUUUAUAGCAUAUAUAGCAGUUGGUCAUCACAUUGCCAUACAGAGUAUUUUACACUGCUCGUCUCUUGUCACCUCUUCAGCUCUCCCUGAGCCGCUUAACCUGUCAUUGACGUGGGCGACUGAAUUCCUUAUAAAGCUGUCGUGGAAUGCACCAAAGGAUUUAGACGCAUCAUGCAAGGUGAAAUACAUUAUCAAUAGUACAAGAACCGGACAGGUGAGUCGAAUGCACUUGGGCACAUGAAAGGGAAAAUUAAACAAAAGUACAUUUUGAUUUAAUUUAUAAUACAAACCGUUUUUUAUGCACAGACUGAAUUGCAACACAUAGCCUAUUCAUGCAUAUAAAACAAGCAUAUAAACUAUUAUAAAAUCAUCUGUUACAAAGUGAUAUUACUCAAUAAUAAUACACAUCACAUUCAAUACCUAAUACUAAUACUUUGUAAAAUGUGAAAUGACAUACCGAUUACAUUUUUCUUUGCAGAAAUCCAACAUAAGUUCAACUCCCUGCUUAUAUAAAGAGUAUAAUGUCGAUAUGAAUGAUGCAGUGAAUUACACAGUGAUAACAUCCCCCGUUGAGUGUAAUGACAGAACCCAGAGCAAACCUGUCAGCGUCUCUAAACCUAAAUCCACAGGUAGGUAACAAUUACUCUGGAGCGAAUCCUAACUUCCAACCCGAACUUCGAAUUUUCACUUAGUCUCCAAUUGAAAUAAAUGCAUGACUCUGGGCGUUUGUAAAUUCAUUCAUAUUCAACAGGUGUUGCGUGUUCCUAAAUUCAUCAGUUAUUCUGCGCUCUUGCACACAGACGAGAGUGCUCUGAAAUCGAAGUAGAUAGCCAGAGUGCUAUCUACGAACGCACCCUAAGCGAAAAUGUGACUAAAGUGGAAGUUAGAAUUUGCCCCUAUAUGCAUUGGGACUUGUGAACUCCUGAACUUUAUCCAAUAUGUCUACAGUAAUACAAACAAUGUGCUGAAAUUAAUAUAGCUUUACAUGUUUGAAAUGCCCUUGUUUGUAUUUGUACUUUACAGUAGGCCUGAUAUGCCCAUCCAAAAUAUUUAACAAAGGGUUAAGCAUACAGCAAAUAAAAACAAUGACCUUACAGCUGAGCACAAUGUCGAGUGAAGUGUUACCAUAGAGGAUAGAAAAGUUUAUUAAUGUUAACAUUUUUUAUCGCAGGUUGGCUUUUAUUGUCAUGAGUCUUGCCCUGGAGGCAGAACUGAACGAUUUCCGCUAGAUGGUCCAGCUGAAAACAAAAAUGUGCUUUUUGGUCUUAAUUUAAGGUUAGGGUUAGGCAUUAGGGUUAGCAGUGUGGUUAAGGUUAGGGUUAAAAUCAGAUUUAUGACUUUGUGGCUGUGCUAGCUAGUGACCACUCUGCAGAGCUGCCUCUAGUACAUGGGUCAUCUCAAUAAAUGCCAACCGGUUUUUUAUCAGGACAACGUUUAGAUCUGCAUCAGUAUUUGUCAGAUCCUAUUUUUGUGGUCUAGACUCGUGGCAAGGUUUCAAGCAGGGGAGAUCUCUAGAUGAUAGAGCGAUUCGAGCGAGAGAGCUAGAUGAUCUAGAUCUGAGUGAGGAAGCGCUAUCUCUAUCUCUCUCUCUCUCUCUCUCUUCUCUCUCUCUGAUCUACUCUCUCUAUCUCUCUCUCUCUCUCUUUCUCUCUCCUCUCUCUCUCUCCUCUCUCUCUCUCUCUCUCUCUUAUAACAGAGUUGGUGAAGAACUUUGGAUGUUUUCUCUACUCCUCUAAGGCCAUGAACUGCAGCUGGCUUCCAGUCAAUGAUGCCUCAAAAGACCUCCAGUUCUACUACAGGUGAGAACUAUUUUAAAAUGAAUCAGGGCUCUCCCCAAAGAAUGUAAGAGAGGCGCUGCGCCACCUUGUGGACUGGCUGUGCCACUAUGUAAAAAAUACAUUUUUUUUGUCCAUUAAAAUAACAUCAAAUUGAUCAGAAAUACAGUCUAGAUGUUGUUAAUGUUGUAAAUGGCUAUUAUAGCUGGAAACUGCUCAUUUUUAAUAUCUACGUAGGCGUACAGAGGCCCAUUAUCAGCAACCAUCAGACCUAUGUUCCAAUGGCACGUUAUGUUUGCUAAUCCAAGUUUAUCAUUUUAAAAGGCUAAUUGAUCAUUAGAAAUCCCUUUUGCAAUUAUGUUAGCACAGCUGAAAACUGUUGUGCUGAUUAAAGAAGCAAUAAAACUGGCCUUCUUGAGACUAGUUGAGUAUCUGGAGCAUCAGCAAUUCGAUUCGAUUACAGGCUCAAAAUGAAACAAAUAACUUUCUUCUGAAACUCGUCAGUCUAUACUUGUUCUGAGAAAUGAAGGCUAUUCCAUGCGAGAAAUUGCCAAGAAACUGAAGAUCUCGUACAACGCUGUGUACUACUCCCUUCACAGAACAGUGCAAACUUAAAAGAAAAAGCCAUAUCUCAGACUGGCCAAUAAAAAGAAAAUAUUAAGAUUGGCAGUCUGAGAUAUGGCUUUUUCUUUGCAACUCUGCCUAGAAGAUCAGCAUCCUGGAGUCGCUGCUUCACUGUUGACGUUGAGACUGGUGUUUUACGGGUACUAUUUAAUGAAGCUGCUAGUUGAGGGCCUGUGAGGCGUCUGUUUCUCAAACUAGACACUCUAAUGUAUUUGUCCUCUUGCUCAGUUGUGCACCGGGGCCUCCCACUCCUCUUUCUAUUCUGGUUAGAGCCUGUUUGCGCUGUUCUGUGAAGGGAGUAGUAAAAAAUCAGCCGUUUCCAGCUACAAUAGCCAUUUACAACAUUAACAAUGUCUACACUGUAUUUCUGAUCAAUUUGAUGUUAUUUUAAUGGACAAAAAAAUUGCUUUUCUUUUGAAAACAAGGACAUUUCUAAGUGACCCCAAACUUUUGAACGUAAUGUAAAUAUAUUAUAUUUGUUACUUUAUUUGUUAUCAUAUAAGGCAAUUUUUUGCUCUAGAUUGCAGGAAACGCCAGUUACAGCUGUUCAAAAAAGCUAAACUUUGUGUCAGUUGACUCGAGUAGUGUCAGUUGAGCUGUGACAGUUGAGCAGUGUCAUUUGAGCCGAGUCAAUUGAGCCGAGUCAAUUGAGCCGAGUCAGUUGAGCCGAGUCAGUUGAGCUGAGUCAGUUGAGCCGAGUCAGUUGAGCCGAGUCAGUUGAGCUGAGCAGUGACAGAUUGUCAUCCCUCUCAUCCCUAAUGUUUCAGGUCCCCUGGUGACUCCCACAUAGCAGCAUGCAGUGAGUACCAGUACAGAGCUGCUCAGAGGACAGGAUGUCACCUGAGAGGAGCCUUCCUUCAAUAUGACGUCUACUUCCUGGUCAAUGGGACUCUCAAUGGCUCGUAUGUACGGAAUAACUUCCUGGUGCUUCCUAGAUAUCAUGGUAAGAAUAACCCCAUACCACAUUAUUUAACAGUUAAAAAUCUAUGUUUGCAAUAUAUCCUCAUGGUAUGAUCUGAAAACCAUUCAAACAAAUGUAACUCGGGAGGUAAACAUAGCUGUUAGUUGAAAAAAAACAUCUUUAUAAUAAAGCAUUUGCAGGUUAACAACAAAAUACAAUUCCUAAUGUGAUGAGUAGCCAAUAUUCGGGACAAGAUUCGGUAACAGGAGUCACUACAGCCUAAGUUGAUUUAACUCAUGACUGUUUGCAAAACAAAAUUAACCAUUGUGAAUAGAGCACACAUUUCUUUGUAGGCUACUGCGUAACAGCGGGUGUGUGGGGGGGAGAGAGAGAUAGAGAGAGAGAGAGAGAGAGAGAGAGAGAGAGAGAGAGAAAACAAGAGGGGUGUUGUAAUUAAAUUAGUAAACACAAGAUUGUGCGUAUUAAAACUGAGCCCAAAAAUAUACGGUUUCAGGACCAUGGACAGCUAUGCGAGACAUUGCCCUCAGAACAGCAUAAAUUAGUUGGAAUCUAUGAUGGCAUGGAAUCUACAAGAUGUCAAAAGUGUUCCACAGGGAUGCUGGCACAUGUUGACUACAAUGCUUCCCACAGUUGUGUCAAGUUGGCUGGAUGAGUUUUGGAUGGUGGACCAUUCUUGAUACACACAGGAAACUGUUGAGCGUGAAAAACCCAGCAGCGUUGCAGUUCUUGACACAAACCGGUGCACCUGAUACCUUCUACCAUACCCCGUUCAAAGGCACUUCAAACUUUUGUCUCACACAUUCACCCUCUGAAUGGCACACAUACACAAUCCAUGUCUCAAUUGUCUCAAGGCUUAAAAAUCCUUCUUUAACCUGUCUCCUCCCCUUCAUCCACACUGAUCUCAAUAAGAGAUCAUAGCCUUCACCUGGAUUUAUCUGGUCAGUCUAUGAAAGAGCAGAUGUUCUUAAUGUUUUGUACCCUCAGUGUAUAUUUUAAUAUCCCAUGUUUUUUCUGUCCUCUACCUCCAAUUUCAUUGGGGGAAAACAUAGUUUGGAAAGGAAAUGGCUAUUAUUGCUGUAAAGAGAAGACAAUGAAAAGACUCUAAUCUGUAUUUUAGUUAUCAAAAUUCGCAAUUUGAGCAAACAGUAGCCUAUCUUAUUGGUACCAGCUGAGAACAUCAGCCAUAUCCCCAUGCGCUGUGCGCAUAAUUCACUCUUUAUCAUUGGGCCAGUGCCACUUGAAACUUUGUUUUUGAACAAUAACAAUAAUUCCCUCCUCCAGGUUAGAUGGACUUCAUAUUGUACAAUUUGUGUCUUCCCUUUCAUAGGCCAGAGUCGGCAGUAGCCUAUAGGCCUAGACUACCCUGUAAUUGUUGUCGUAUUAAAAACAUAAAAUGUAGUAGAAUUGCAUGAAAUGUGUUUAUAAAACACAUGAAGAAAUGUAUCCGAUAGCCUAGGCAUACUCUACGCCACUACAGGCUCAGCCAUGCAUUGAACACCGCAGUCUUUUUUGGGAACAGUGAUUCAGUAACAUUAUUAGCCUAAAUUGUGACUAUCCAAUCAACUCAUCCCCUUUGGAAUAGUAGGCUAUCUUAUAUAAGUCUGCAAAUGCGAUGAUAGAUGCAUGGAAUGCUUUAUUAUAAAGGUGAAUGUUUAUGGUGAAAAUUAACUUCCCCAAACUUGAAAAACACUCUAUGGGAAAAGGGAAAGGGAGAGAGAGGGAGAGAGGGGGAGGGAGAGAGGGGGAGAGAGAGAGAGAGAGAGAGAGAGAGAGAGAGAGAGAGAGAGAGACCUGACUUAACUCAAAGUAAACUGUCUAUCGUUCAGCAGAGCGCGUCUGACUCCAAACCCCCACAACUGAAUAAAUCAGAGCAUAUCAUGAGCGUACCGCUUACAAAAUAUAGCCGAGAGCUCUCCAUGCAGAAUGGGGCCCAUGUUUUUCUCUCUCCACCACCCAAGUAUUUUUUUAUGUAUUUCUUGCUACACCACAAAUUCUUGCAGUUUUACCAUUUCACCAGGGGGUGCUGCACCACCUCCAGCACCCCUACUUCCCUAUGGAGGUCAAUUCCAAGUCGACCAACCAAUUAGUAAUUACAUGAUACUACUAAACUCUCAAGUAUGCAAUAUUGUUGAUAUUACCAAUACUCUCAUUUAUCUAAUGUUAUACUGUAUGUCUGAUUCUCUUCAGUCAAGCCCCAGGCCCCUAAGGUGAAGAUCACAGAGGAAGGGAAGAAUCUCAUCCUGAGCUGGGACCCUCCGGACAUAGGCGCUAGCCACUGCUGGAAUUACAUCUUAAACUACAACAAGUGUCAAGAGUCUCUGGUAAGCCCUGGAUGUGUGGAUAUUUGUAUUUACAUUUAUGUCUCCCUUUAUUUAUCUAGGAAAACUAGUUCAGAACAAAUUCUUUUUUACAUUGACAACCUGGCAAGUUAGUCUCACUGAGAUAAAAAUCUAUUUUGCAACAGGGAACCUUUCAAAACCUGUGUUUGUAAUCAUGAUUAUUAUCCAUAAACAAAGAAACAGAUAAAGAAGCCUAAGUUUAGCUGGCUGCAGACAGAAUAUAGUUCAGAUGAUGGGUUGGGCGUUCUGCUAUGGUCACCAUGAGACAGGCCACUUCUGUGAAUUACACCAAGAAAAAUACAGCUUUAGUCACUGGAGAAUGUUUACAUUGCUAUGACGUACAUACUGAAUGUUUUAGGAUGAGGGGGGCCUUGGACAUCUGCUGUUUGUGUGUGUGUCUGUGGGCAUGUGUGGGCAUGUGUGUUUCAGUCAAAUAGGACACUCUUAGAAAAAAAGGUUCCAAAAGGGUUCUACGGCUGUCCCCAUAGGAGAACCCCUUUUGGUUCCAGGUAGAACCCCUUUUGGUUCCAAGUAGAAGCCUUUUGGUUUCCAUGUAGAACCCUCUGUGGAAAGGGUUUUACAUGGAACCCAAAAUAGUUCUACCUGGAACCAAAAAGGUUAUUCAAAGGGUUCUCCUAUGGGGACAGCCGAAGAACCCUUUUAGGUACUAGAUAGCACCUUUUUUUUCUAAGAGUGUACCACUAUUUGAGUUCCACUCAUGGUUCUGUGUAUGUUUCUUGCAGAGUAAGGAAAUACAAUCGAAAUAUGUACCAGUGAAGGUUCCAUAUGACCGGAGAUGCCAGUACAGAGUGCAGGUGAAAGCAGUCUAUCAGAAAUGGUGUGGGGACGGAGGCAGCGACUGGAGCGAAGAGGAAAUCUACGGUACUUCCUCCUCUUUCCUGCUUUCUUUCUUUCUUUCUUUCUUUCUUUCUUUCUUUCUUUACAUUCUCUCUCUCUUUCACAACACAUACAAUUAUGUAAUUGUACUACCAUUGAAAUAGUUGAAACUUUCCCCUUCAGCCACACAUCCUUAUUAAUUGACUUGCCUAGUUAAAUAAAGGUUACAUUUUUUAUGAAUAAAUAAAAUAAAAUAGGAGCAAAUAGAAUAAAAAGUUGAAUAUACCAGUAGUCUAUAAAAUAGUAUAUGUCAUAGUAAUAUAAUUGUGUAUUGAAUGUUGGCUAAAUGUAAUAGCCUUGUCAAGAUUAGAAUUAGACCCAGUCACUGAUGUUUUGCUUGUUUUCCUUUCAGGUGUGGAUGAAUGGUCGAUGACUGUGGUUGGUACUGUCAUUCCAGCUGCAGUCUUCUUAUUCCUCAUCCUUUUGAUUUGUUGUUUUAUGAGGUAAGUCAACCUACACUACAGUGAGGGAAAAAAGUAUUUGAUCCCCUGCUGAUUUUGUACGUUUGCCCACUGACAAAGACAUGAUCAGUCUAUCAUUUUAAUGGGAGGUUUAUUUGAACAGUGAGAGACAGAAUAACAACAACAAAAUCCAGAAAAACGCAUGUCAAAAAUGUUAUAAAUUGAUUUGCAUUUUAAUGAGGGAAAUAAGUAUUUGACCCCUCUGCAAAACAUGACUUAGUACUUGGUGGCAAAACCCUUGUUGGCAAUCACAGAGGUUAGACGUUUCUUGUAGUUGGCCACCAGGUUUGCACACAUCUCAGGAGGGAUUUUGUCCCACUCCUCUUUGCAGAUCUUCUCCAAGUCAUUAAGGUUUCGAGGCUGAUGUUUGGCAACUCGAACGUUCAGCUCCCUCCACAGAUUUUCUAUGGGAUUAAGGUCUGGAGACUGGCUAGGCCACUCCAGGACCUUAAUGUGCUUCUUCUUGAGCCACUCCUUUGUUGCCUUGGCCGUGUGUUUUGGGUCAUUGUCAUGCUGGAAUACCCAUCCACGACCCAUUUUCAAUGCCCUGGCUGAGGGAAGGAGGUUCUUACCCAAUAUUUGACGGUACAUGGCCCCGUCCAUCGUCCCUUUGAUGCAGUGAAGUUGUCCUGUCCUCUUAGCAGAAAAAACACCCCCAAAGCAUAAUGUUUCCACCUCCAUGUUUGACGGUGGGGAUGGUGUUCUUGGGGUCAUAGGCAGCAUUCCUCCUCCUCCAAACACGGCGAGUUGAGUUGAUGCCAAAGAGCUCGAUUUUGGUGUCAUCUGACCACAACACUUUCACCCAGUUCUCCUCUGAAUCAUUCAGAUGUUCAUUGGCAAACUUCAGACAGGCCUGUAUAUGUGCUUUCUUGAGCAGGGGGACCUUGCGGGCGCUGCAGGAUUUCAGUCCUUCACAGUGUAGUGUGUUACCAAUUGUUUUCUUGGUGACUAUGGUCCCAGCUGCCUUGAGAUCAUUGACAAGAUCAUCUCAUGUAGUUCUGGGCUGAUUCCUCACCGUUCUCAUGAUCAUUGCAACUCCACGGGGUGAGAUCUUGCAUGGAGCCCCAGGCCAAGGGAGAUUGACAGUUCUUUUGUUUCUUCCAUUUGCGAAUAAUCGCACCAACUUUUGUCACCUUCUCACCAAGCUGCUUGGCAAUGGUCUUGUAGCCCAUUCCAGCCUUGUGUAGGUCUACAAUCUUGUCCCUGACAUCCUUGGAGAGCUCUUUGGUCUUGGCCAUGGUGGAGAGUUUGGGAUCUGAUUGAUUGAUUGCUUCUGUGGACAGGUGUCUUUUAUACAGGUAACAAACUGAGAUUAGGAGCACUCCCUUUAAGAGUGUGCUCCUAAUCUCAGCUCGUUACCUGUAUAAAAGACACCUGGGAGCCAGAAGUCUUUCUGAUUGAGAGGGGGUCAAAUACUUAUUUCCCUAAUUAAAAUGCAAAUCAAUUUAUAACAUUUUUAAAAUGCAUUUUUCUGGAUUUGUUUGUUCUUAUUCUGUCUCUCACUGUUCAAAUAAACCUACCAUUAAAAUUAUAGACUGAUCAUUUCUUUGUCAGUGGGCAAACGUACAAAAUCAGCAGGGGAUCAAAUACUUUUUUCCCUCACUGUAUAUCCAUUUGUCUGCGUUCUGAGUGUGUGAGCGUGUGCGUGCGUGUGUGUCCGUACGCGUGUGUGUUGGGAUUUAGAUUGAUUGAAUGUCUUAAGAGACGGAAGAUAUCUAGGAAAUGUGUUUUCACUUAAUUAAUUGCCAUUUUGGUGAUUAGGGUUUGAAUUUUGGGCAAAUAGUUUUGUGGUUCUUUUCCAGGCACAGAGAGAAGCUUUUCCCUAAGAUUCCACAACCCUCACUGAUUUUCAAGGACAUGCUGAACAGCAAUAAGGAACAGAAGGUGAGAACAGCAACAUCCUCUGGUCUCUUUCAUUAUUAGCAGUGGUCAACUGCAACUGUUGUUGAACUUCACUUACUGGAAAUGCUAACAUCAGCAUAUGCAUUAGAUACUAAACUUCCUCUUACAGUACUACCCACCAGGCACACACUGGUUGAAUAAACAUUGUUUCUACGUCAUUUCAAUGAAAUGACAUGGAACCAAUGUGGAAUAGACAUUGUUUGCACUAGUUAACACCCUUACCCACACACACACAUUCACAUUCUCAGACAUACACACACACACCCGAUAAACACACACUAACCCACUCCAACUGUUUCUCUCUGUGUUCCAGAGCUCCAUAGGCAAUCUCUAUGUCCCGGUUAAGGAGGAGGUGGAAUGUAAGAUCAGCCUAGAGAAAGACCCUACACUUCCCAUGAUGCAGCCUGACCACUGAGAGACUACACACUGACCCAGUAGUGAUUAAUACUGUGCAGACAGAUAAAGCUACAACCUGACCCAGUAUGACCUGGGAGCCAAGUGACUUCAGUGUCAUUGACUGGCCCUCAAAAAGCAAGCCAUCUUAAGGUGGACCCUAACUGCACUGCUGAAAAGUGUCAGGAGUUUGAGCUCCACAGUCGAUGGACGACCUUAACGAGUUGGAUACAGGCUGAGAGUGUGUGGAGUAUUGGACUAUGGAGACGCCUUUUCCUUUGUUUGUCCUGGAACUGUCAGGACUUAUUGACACACUGCCUCCUGUAUUGUUCUGGGUUACAUGUGUGUGUGUGUGUUUGUUUGUUUGGGCAGAUA